AUGAAACGACUACAUUCAUCUCAUUCGAGUUCCAUGGAAUGUGCACCUCGGACGAAACUCAAGCUAGAGAGCUAUUCCUCAGGUGUGGUUGCGAAGCCGGAAGAUCAGUUUGCGGGGACAAGUGAUGGCCCGCGUACCGGGCAGGCUCCGAGUAAUUUGUUGGAUAUUUCUUUAUGGCGCUCAAAUGCGGACGGACUGGAGGUGACAAGCGCAUACCCCUUGUCUAACCGGAAACGGCUGGAUAAGAGCCAGUAUAGUGUUGGUUGGGUAUGCGCACUCGCAGAGGAAUUCCGUGCGGCCCUUCUCGUCCUAGAUGAGGAACACGAAGACCACUUUGUCCCGGGUGAUCCCAAUGACUACCGCUUUGGGAAAAUAGGGCAACACAACGUAAUUAUUGCGAGCCUACCUGUUGGGCGGUAUGGAAUGACAUCGGCAGCAACAACGGGCAUCCACAUGGCACGCAGCUUUCCCAAUAUGAAAUGCGUUUUACUAGUGGGAAUUGGUGCCGCGAUCCCGAAUGAUGAGGAGGAGAUUCGUCUCGGUGAUGUUGUGAUUAGUGAGCCGAAUAAUCAGUACAGUGGGGUGGUGCAGUUUGACAUGGGAACACAAAAGCAGGAUAACACUUUUCAGCUGAAAGGGUCCAUAAAUAGACCAUCUCAUGCUUUAUUAGUAGCGCUGAAGCGUUUCACGACAGAAUUGGACCAAGGGAUCAACAAAAAUAGCAUACCUGCCUGCCUCAGGGAGGCCCAAGCUAAGGCUGGGGAUAAGAGACGCCGGUAUGAGUUCCCUGGACUCGAGAACGACCACCUCUUUCCACCUGAUUAUAAGUGUGUGAGCGAUGGCAGCAGGUCCUGCACCUCCUGUGAUAAAACUAGGACCGAUACGCGUCAAGCGAGUCCCACUCGAUCUCUCGACCCAGCUGUCCACUGUGGCAUUAUUGCGUCAGGAAACAUGCUCGUCAAAGACGCACAACUACGAGAUUCUCUGCGGGAGAGGUACAACGCGAUUUGCAUUGAGAUGGAAGCGGCUGGACUCGUGAAUGGGACCUUGCCAUGCAUCGUAAUCCGCGGUAUAUGUGACUAUGCGGAUACACAUAAGAAUGAUAUGUGGCAUGAUUAUGCUUCCCUGACGGCGGCUUCAACUGCAAAGGUACUAUUGUCGCAUCUGAAUCCCUUAUCUCUCGAGAACACUCCCUCCACAUUCGUAACUUGGAGGCAAUCGUUUCUCAAAGUAAGCAAUCUAGAAUUGCACAAUUUUAUUGGUCCCGGUCAUCAACACGACAGGGCUGAGAGACAUGCAGACGGACCCCUGAAGGGGCCGUUGCGUAACAUUGACCCCCUCGGUAUGAAUAAACGACACCAAUAUUAUCUGGAUAAAACUCUGGAAGGAACGUGGGGGUCUGUCUUCGAGAGUGCCACUUUUGUGGCAUGGUAUAACGAUCCCCAAACAACCCCACGUGUUUUAUAUUGCCAUGGAUUACCCGGUGCCGGGAAGUCGUCAUUAGAACGUUUAGUAAUCGUUUUCAGGUCUCUCGUUGUCAAGUGGCUUGAGGGGGAACAAAAGCAAAGAGCCCGCAAUGCAGGGCUUGCUUAUGUCUAUUGCAGACCUGGGGACCUUGAUCAGACUAGCGAAGGUCUGCUAACCUCACUGGCUGCGCAGUUGGUGAUGAAAAUCUCGAUGUUUGGAGUGGAUACGCUAGUCGAAGGUCUAUUACCUCCCGACGAACUACUAGAAUUUGCAUGUUCGAGAUACCAGCGUACUUACAUCUGUAUCGAUGCAGUGGACGAAAUGAAUGGGCGCCAAAGAACAAAACUACUGGAAGAGCUAUCUAAGAUCGGCUCAAAUCUCCAUAUUUUUAUAACAGGACGUGAUCAUGUCAAGGACAAGAUAAUGAGUCAGUUCCCUGCCGCAAGAGACUUGACUAUAAAGGCCAGCAGGGUUGAUCUUGAGCAAUGCAUCCAAACUCGGGUCCUUGAAUCAAGUUCCGGGUGGAACGAUAUUGGAGAACAAAUGAUGGACAAGAUAAUCCAAAAUUCCGGGGAAAACUUUCUCUUCGCGGAUAAAUUAAUCGCAUUCGUCCUCGCCGGGGUUACAGAAAAUGAGAUUCGUGAACGCGCCAACAUGAUACCUGAUAGUCUUGAAGCCAUAUAUUCUGAUAUGCUGUUGAGAAUCCAGAAGGAGACGCAUAGAAAACUCGCCAAUAGUAUUCUUGCUUGGGUUUCGCACUGCAGAAGGCCAUUGAAAAUCCAGGAACUCCAGAUGGCACUUGCCAUCGAGCAGCAGAUCUCAGGAGAUGUCGUUUGGAAGUCACGUACCGUUCCCAGGUUGGAACACGGUGACCUGGUGAACCAGGAGGUCCUGAAGAAUGCUUGCCUCGGAAUAAUCAUGAUUGACGAAUCUGACCAUACGGUUCGUCCAUUUCAUAUAUCGUUCCAGGAGUAUCUCCGGGAUUCGACACCCCCCAAAGGGGAUAUUAGGCGCCGCCUUUUCAACGAUACAGAAGAAUUACUUGCCAAAGUGUGCCUUGCCUUUCUCGCACAUCCAAAAGUAAUCCGAUAUUCCACCAAGCAGUCUGAGGCGCUCAGCUCUUGUCCACCUGAGUCUCUGGGUAAUUGUCUGGAUCUUCUUGAUUACGCAUCGUGUUUCUGGGGUUCGCAUGCAAGGAAGUCACCUGGAACAGACUUUAUAUUAACUGGUUCCGUUGAAUAUCUUGCUGGUGACCUAACCGAUCGAUACGCCAGCCAGUGGUAUCUCUGCCGUAGAAUUGCCACCGAAUACAAACCGCCUGAUAUGAAUUCAUUGGUGUUUUCCUUCUCAAGAUUGCAUAUAGCGGCAUAUUUUGGUCUUAAGAAUAUUACUAAAAUAUUGGUUGCAAAGCGUACCCUGGAUAUUAAUAUGAAAGACUGCUAUGGCGCCACAGCACUACAUUGGGCAGCAGGAAGAGGACACAAAAGUGUCGUUAAACGAUUGCUCAAAGCCGGCGCUGAUGUCCGCAUACGGGAAUCGGUGGAAAUAGGCGGCGCAACAGCCCUUACUCGCGCAAUCUAUUGGCCCACACACGCACUACUACACGACUCGAAAACCCAGGAGGGAGAUGGGCCAGACUGUGUGAGAAAGGGGGUCGCUACUAUCGUCAAAUUACUCCUGGAAAGCGGCGCACCAGUCAACUACUGGUAUCACCGUUACUCCGAGACCCAUGCUCAAUUUCUUGUCAUAGCUGAUUACAAUGAAACUCUCAAGGAAGCAAUCGCCAGAGUACAGAAUAAUCAAGGCAUACUUCUUAAUCAAUACCAAACACCUCUGAUAACAGCGGUCGAAAUAGGGGCCACAGACAUUAUGGAGGACCUGGUGAGUCAUGGGGCAGAUAUAAACGCGCAGGCCGAAGAUGGCUGGACUGCGUUGCACUGGGCUGUAGCCUUCCGGCGUAUUGAUGCCAUCACGGCUCUCCUUCGCUGGAAAAUUGAUGUGAAUAUCAUAGAUGCAAAGUCCAGGACGGCCUUGGAGCUAGCAACUUUCAUGCGGUAUGAAGAGGUGAUUGACACCCUGUCAGCCUACACUGCAGUUGACAGGUCAAGAGUGAAGGGAGCAGGUUCCGAUGACGCAUCUGGAUCAGUUUCUGUCCUUUUUAACAUCGAAGGAAUAGAUCUUGGAUAUGCUGCCAAACCGUUGAACACUUUAAUAGCCAUCAGCCGACUCGGCGAGAUACAGAUGGCAAAAGUGGUUUUAAAUAGCGGGGAGAAAGUCGACACACUGGACAGUGAUCAGCGUACUGCUCUGUCUUACGCGGCUCAAGCUGGGAAUAUAUCCAUGAUAAACCUCCUCCUUGAUAAAGGGGCAUAUAUACAUCACUGGGACAAGGAAUUCCGGACACCACUGUCUUGGGCGGCGCAGGGGGGGCAUGUUAAAGCUGCAGCGCUGCUCAUCAGUCAUGGAAGCCGAAUUCAGAUGACGGACUUGUGCCAUUAUUCGCCGCUUACGUGGGCUGUGAUAUAUCGCAGGACAAGCAUGGCUAAGUUCCUUCUUGAACGAGGGGCUGAUCCAGAUACCAAAGAUCGCGAUGGAUUGACACCACUCUCUUGGGCUGCUGCCAUAGGUAGCAAAAAGCUCAUUUCAACAUUGUGCAAAUACCAUGCGAGCUUAGAUCAUGUCGACAAAGCUGGCCGUACUCCGUUGAUCCACGCUGCGACUCACGGACAUCAUGGGUCUUUUCGUGCAUUGCUUGGGCAUGGCGCGAAUAUGAUGCAGCAAGAUAAGCUAAACAAAACCGCGUUAGCAUGGGCAGCAAAAGGUGGAUACAUUGAUAUUGUGAAAGAGCUUCAUCGGAGAGGGGAAAGCAUCGACUCUCCAGACGCAGAUGGACGGACGCCCCUGCACUGGGCUGCGGGAAAGGGUCACAUGAAAGUCGUCAAAUAUCUCGUUGACAGUGGUGUGAAUGUGAGAGCAUUUGAUGAACAAGGUAUGAAUGCGCUAGCAUGGGCAGCUGCAGGUGGACAUGAGGAACCUGCAAAGUAUUUGAUCAAACAGGGAAUCGAUGUUAACUGCCAGGACAAAAGCGGCUGCAGUCCUCUUUCAUGGAUGAUCAAGAAUAGUGACCAGAUAUCUCUAUACAUUGAAAAGCCUUUUCGAGGAUUCUCUGGCUCUACACCAGCAAUGCCAACUCUGGUGACACAUAAAGGCGACCAUUGGCGACUCGAGCACCAAUCACAGAUGAAGAGGUCGAUUGGACAUUACGAGACGAUCGCUCAUUCAGUUGUUAAGGACUACGCAAAGCUCUUUCGCACAAUCUUCAAACGUGGAGUAACGCUUGAUCUGGCAGAUCGCAAUGGACGGACACCUGUUUCGCUCGCAGCCGAGACUGGGCAAACACAGCUUCUGCGUGACCUCAUUGAUCGUGGCGCAGAUCCGAACUCACCAGACAUUGCGGGUCGCACACCCCUCUCGUGGGCAGUCAGUAGCCGAAAGGCACUUGAGGCAUUGACGAUUCUCCUAGGUGAAAUCACAGAUAAUGCGGUUAAUGCUACAGACGACCUUGGACGGACUGCGUUAUCUUGGGCAGCAAGCCUUGGAAAUGCUUCCGUCAUCCGGAAGCUACUAGACAGGGGAGCAGACCUAGGCGUGCAUGACAACACAGGUCGAACACCCCUCUCCUGGGCUGUUCAACGAGGGAAUCGUAACGUCGUCGAGCUUCUUCUAAAGGACGGCAUCUACCCUCUCUGUGAGGAUACUAGUGGUCGGAGCCUCCUGUCCUAUGCCGCAGAGGGUGCGGAGAUCGAAACCUUCAAAGAAAUCCUCCUGCAUGAUUCGAAUCCUGACCAGAAAGACAAAUAUGGGCGUACUCCACUAUCGUGGGCUGGGGACCAAUAUGAUCAUUUUCCCUGUGAACUUCGUCCUGGUAUAAAUCCUUCUCAAGAAGACUGGGAGUUAUCAAUAGAGAAUAUGACCGGGGGCGGGAGAUCGAACAUAGUGGAAGCUCUGCUUGAGAAGGACGUUGACCUAGAGUCUCGAGAUCAAGAUCUUCGAACCCCACUAUCCUGGGUAGCGGCUGCUGGCUACGUGAAUAUUGUGCGCAGGUUACUGGAAAACGGAGCUGACGUUGACGCGAAGGACCGUGCUGGACGUACUCCUCUAUUGUAUGCCAUAAGAUGCGGAUCACGGGAAACAGUGAAGGCCCUGCUGGAUGCAAAUGCAACGACUACCACGCCAUCAGGUGAGCGUGAUGACACCUUGUUCAUAGAAGCUGUUAAUGAAGCUGUUAAUGGAAGGCGAUCACAAGGGGCCCUAAAAGAACUUGCAGAUCUCUGGCGCAGAAAAGGCCUAGGUGUUAGAGUUGGAAAAAUAACAGAUUCAGUAUCAAUUAGUUUUCGAAUAGGGUAUUGUGAUCAUUGUCAUGAGGAUAUUAUAGACACAACCUUCUACUCCUGUGAAUCUUGCCACGUUGAUGGUAGAAAAUUCUGCCUCUGCGCAGCCUGCUUUCAAAAAGGAACCCGGUGUCCCAAUCAGCACACCCUAUCCCAAAACAGGAUUGAUGUAUCACCAGGUAAUUGA